AUGGAUCUCUGGUCCCCAACUCGCCAGCUCGCGCUUCAACGUGUUGCGUUCGGUGAAACCCGCAUCGAUCAAAACACCACCCCGGCUGACAUUACCGGCGCUCCAUUGGUUUUUGAGUUCGAUGAGCGGGAGUUGCAUGAGUGGGCCAGGACUCUGUUCGUUGGUUUGUAA